UCCUCUUCCUGCUGCUGCUGCCCCUCGUCCUCCCUCAGUGCCUACAGUAUAUAAGGCUCUACAGAACGAGGACAGAAGCACAGUUAGUCCUCCUGCCGCGUCGCCGUCAGUAGUGGAAUAUAAACACAAUGGGUCUUAGGUUUGUGGCGGUGGUGGUGGCGGCGGCGUGCGUGGCUGAGGCGGCGGGGAGCAUUAGCGAGGCCCAGGACGGCGCCCCAGUGAAGCGUGGGGUGUUGGGGGGACAUGGCUACGCUGCGUAUGGGGUGCACCAGGGGUAUGACCACGGACAGGGACACUAUUCUGCAGGUCACGGCUACGGACACGGACAAGGACACGGACACGGAUACGGACAUGGACACGGGUAUGUACAUCACAAGGUACCUAGUGAAGCACCGCCGAUCCCUGCCUGCGCCGCUAACUCCAGCCGGCCUUGGUGCCUGAAGGACGCCGAAUACCCUACCUAUGAGAUCCAGCAUGCCGCGGAACACUACUUCGACCUCUUGCUUCCUCUGUACACUGACGUGGCGAACCUCAACACGGAGCUGUCCCUGAGCCGCCCCAUCAACACCCUGCAAGACGAGACUUACCUGUGUCCCUCCUCCACUAACUACGUGAAGCCGCUCAGAGCUGUGAACACCAAUGGCCACUGGAGGGUGAUCGUGAACAACAUCAAGCUCUACACGGACACCCUCACGCAGACGAGCAGGGUGGAGGUGUGUCUGACCCCUGGGAGGGCCUGUCCUAAGGUGCCUGAUUGCAUUGGCUCCUCGUGUCUGGAGAAGUCAGUCUACCAUCGUUUUCUUGUGUACGACCCUUACGAUCAUCACUUCCCGUUCGCUAUUGAGUCGUUCAAGCUCCCCACUGCCUGUGCUUGCCGCCUCGACGCCGCGGCACACUAAACCUGAGACAUCCACUCUGACACAAUUCUUCUUCUUCGUCUUCUUUCAAUUGCUUCCGUUUCAGGGUAGCUACACUGGAUCUGCCUUCUCAAACACUCUCGGUCAUCUGCGCCUUCCUCAGCAAGCAUGUUCUCUCUUACUGCAUCCAUAAAUCUUCUCUCCCACCUUAACAUAAUUACAAGCCGAAAUCUAUUGCUUAACUAACAUGGAAAUCUUUCCUCGCCUCCCUGCUCAUCUACACUAACUUGACUGCUUUUCCUCCACUCCACCUCUGAACCUUCCUCCUUCAACUCUGCAAGAACCUUCCCUACACUCUACUAACAGAAACAGAAGACACUGGAUGGUAUCUUAACGUUUCCACGCUUCAUUUCUGGUGCCUUGAACUCGCUGGUGAAAAUCAUGCGGUGUCUUCAUGAUUUUAGUGAUGGUUUAUCAAAAAUUCUGCAUCAUUAGUGAGAAAAAAGCACUUUUGUAUGUAAGGGGAAUCCGGCCAAGGGCAACAAAAAUGACGAAGAAAGGUCCACCAUUCAAGUGAGCCAGACACUCAUCCCUACAACCUACGGAAACAGUCCUACACAGAGAAAAAAGCUUAAAAAUAUAAACCACUGCCUCUGCAAAACUUCGAUACUGCAAAUUUCUUCACCCACUCUAUCACCACCACCACCUACACGACCCUGCCUCCACCUCCACCUCAACACGUACAGCUGCACAGGAUUCCAUCUCUGCGAACACAGUCUUUAACUAUUCAAACUGUCAACAACCACAUGGCGGGCGCCCCCUUCCUCUCUCCCUUUCUCCCUACCACAAAUGCCAACACUCAUUACCUCUCUCCUCCACUCUACUACCCAGCACUGCCUUCCACCUCUUCACCACACACCACUUCUCUCUCUCCACCACAGAUACUAAGACUCAUUAUACCACUCCCUCUCCACCUCUCCACCACUCCGCCACUGCCUUCCACCUUCCUCCACACUACCUUUUCUGCCUCCCUCUCAUUCAGUGUUCCGAGACCUUCCUUCCCUCAUCUCCCUUACUGAACCAUAGAAUCUUGCAUAUUUUCACCUCAGAACAAGUAAACUUAACUCCUUGAUGGCUAAUUGCUGAUAACUGUUAAUUGAGUAAUCCUACACGUCUUUACUGAACAAAAGACUACAGCAGUUUGAAGGUUUAAAAAUACUCAAACCUUUCUUUUAGUGCCAGUGGUGUCAUUUGAAGUUAUUCCCUAAACUUGCGACAUAACAUUCUAUUAAACUUAAGGAGAAGCUAUGAAAACACUCUUCCUCCUCCUCCUCCUCCUCCUCCUCCUCCUCCUCCUCCUCCUCCACAUAGACGGCCUCGUUAGGUUCAGAAGGGCUGUUGAAAUCUGUUCUUUCUUUUGUAUUCUUUUGUAUUCCUCCUCCUCAUCCUCCUCCUCAUCCUCCUCCUUCUCCUCCUCCUCCUCUUCCUCUUUCAUACUGACUUUUACUAUUGUUAUUCAGUUCCUUUCUUCUGUUAUAUAUAUCUACCUGUUCUUUCUUUCAAUUCAUUCGUCCUUGGCUUAAAAAAAAAAAAAAACUUUUCCGUCUCUUCCUUGGUAAUUGAUAGUUUUGUCUCAAUAUAUCUCCUGUGACCGAGACUCUAUUUAAAUAAACUUUUAUCACGGCGGUACGUAAAGAAAGACAGUUCUCUCUCUCCCUCUCCCUCUCCCUCUCCCUCUCUCUCUCUCUCUCUCUCUCUCUGAAAGCCUAAAGUGGCCACGAAAUAUUUAUGUAAACGCGCUUUUGUAUUAUGUAUACGUAUGUUUCUCUAUGUAUAUUCACCUAUGUAUACGUAGACGUGUUGCUCAUGUAUUUGUAUUGUGAUAUGCUUACUUGCUUCAAUUGACGUUAAAAAAUAUAAUGUACUCCACAGAA